AUGAACAAGCAACGCAUCCGGGGCGAAUCCUUCAAACAGGAGUACCAGGCAGCUGGUCGCCACCGCACCAAUCGCAAGCGUGACCCAUCGAUGAACAAGACUGAUCCUCAUCUCGUUAUUGCACCUCAAGCUGAGAUAUACCAGGGGAAGCUAGUUCUAGUUCUUGAUCUUGAUGAGACGCUGGUGUUCGCUCGUAGCGGACCUCUCUACGCUCGACCUGGGAUUCCUGAGUUCUUUCAGAUGUGCAAGGACAAAGGUAUCGAGGUUGUUGUCUGGACGGCUGGGUUGAAGGCGUAUGCGCAAGCUAUUGUGUCGAAUAUCGACACAUGUAAUGCUGUCUCACACUGUAUUUACCGUCACAACAAGUGGUUUAACGGCCAGCCGGGCUAUCGAAAGGAUCUGAAUGCUCUUGGUCGUCCUCUCGACCGCGUUCUCAUAGUUGAAAACACUCCGGAUUGUAUUCGAGGCUAUCAAGAUAAUGGCAUCCUUGUCAGCGAUUACGAGGGUGGCGACGGAGAGGACAACACACUUUAUGCGCUAGCAGAGCUGGUGAAAGUUCUCAGUGAAAGCGAUUUUACUGUUCCGCAGUUCAUCGCGAACUGCGAAUUACUGAAACGUGAGCCUGUGAUGACGGACGUCGGGGACUACAUUAAUGCAUACACGCUUGAUACCAACUGCUUUGAUCCUGCGCAUGUUCGUGUUAACCGAGAUUUGCAAAGGUAG